AUGAAAGCAGGAUUUCCUAUGGAUGCAUUUGUGAAGAUUGUGCCGCGAUGUGUGGAAACGGGGACCCAUGGUAAUAUAUUGUUUGACUUUUUCGACUUGCUGGCGUCGAUUGUGACGCAUGGUCGUCAGAAUGGGCUUGUAGGCCGGAAAGUGACGCGACUGGCAGGUACAUGGGCGUUCGAUAUUAAAAAACCUGGUGCUAAGGAAUCUACAAGUUUUGCAGAGGGCUUGGCAGCUUGGAGUUUGGCAGCUGAGGCAACAAAUCAUAUGUUUUUUGCAUUUGUGAGGUCAUUAUCAGCGGCACCAAGACCAGGAGGAGGGACUUCGGCGCUGCCUAGACCAUUGGAAAAUUUACUGCUGACUGAACAGGACUAUCCACCCGAGCCUAUUUAUAAAUCUAAGCUAGUGGCCGUGCCAAUGGUGACGCUGACAGUAGGGAAACUAAGUUCUAACCCACUUGUUCUAUUAAGAAGAGUGGCCAAGACCAUUCGGUUCGAUAAUCCCAAUGUAUUUGCUACGGAGGACGACUUUAAUACGCUUUAUUUCUUAUUUAAUGAGCCUGACACCAUUGAAUAUAAGAUUGCAGAUGAAUCUUUACGAAUUAUUAAAGAGAUUGUUAAUGAGAACCCACUUGUCACUGACCACCCUAUUUUAAUAAAGGAAACCCCUAAAUUGGCAUAUGAUUUAAGAGGCAAAACAUGGUCUAAGUUUUACAACCAUGCAUUUAUAGACCCAGCUACUGGAGAUCUUCGACGACCAUUGACUAACUAUGUCUACGAUGAUGAGCAAUUGAAAGACAUCAAACGAGUUGGUGUGCCCAGUCAGGAGGUGAAGGCCUUGCCAUACCCAGAUAGCCCAGAUGUUAGAGUUACCAAGCAUGGAGUAACAUCUAGACCAGCCCUAGCAGCAAGUCAAGAUGAAUGGGAUGUGUUCUUGAAGAAAAGUUAUGGACAGGCUGAAAAACGGUCGUCGCGAAUUAGCGCUGAUGGACUGGUUACGGCGGGAGUAUCCCAGAUUGCUAUUUCGGAUUUCUUCGUAUGGGUAUGGAUGUCGACACUCAGUCAGGAGCAGACUGAGGUUCGCAAAGCGACUUUCGGUCGAUCUGUGGUGGUCGAACUUGUAGUUUCUCCAGGGGAACGACGAUGGGUUGUGGUUGAAGAAAUCUUACAUCCAGAGCCACCUCCAUUAAAGCCCAAGCCAGAGAUAAAAGAUAGACCAUUGCCUCGGGUUGUGCCUCGUCGGGUCGUCAGCAGUCCGGCUGCCCAGGUUGUUAAGCGCAAACCUGUACCACCAUCGCCAGCUCUUACUGCGAGUCCCCCACCAGCACCAAUUCCCCCCGAAGAUCAACAUCAUUAUCAUCAUUAUUACCAUCACCACAAAAAACCACGAGAUUUGCUUCUUGCACCAACAGAAUAUCUAGACCCACUAGUGGAUGCCCUGGCCAAGAGAUUGCAGCAGAAUAACAUUAUCGCAGAUGCCACUACUCCUAGACCCGAAAGAGAUAUACGCAAAGUAUAUGUUGACCGUGAAAUUCAGACGGAUUUGGACGAUAGUGUUCCAUCCAUGACCAUUUCGAAUCAACAGCCGACAAAUGCCAUCGGGUCUCGGAACGUUUCCAACCCCUAUUCACCACCACCUCCUUCUGGAAUGCACAAUCUAUCUAUUCAGACUGAAUCAAAUGAGUCAAACGCACGAGAACCAGAUGUAAAGUCAGUGGUGCAACCAGAAGUACGCUUCGACAAACCUCUACCUCAUCAACCACAGCUUGAGGAGCAUCUGCCGGAACCUUUCCCUCCAAUUCCUGUAUCGACACCACGACAGACAAAGGAAGAUGAUGAGAAAAGUAUUUAUUACACGCCAAAGUUGAACGAUGAACCAUCUGAACAACCAAUUGAGCCUCUUGAUAGAUACGAACUUGAGCAACAGCGACAAGAGCAGAAACAACUUCAACUACAACUUGAACAGUUGCAGAAACAACUACAAUUACAACAGCUCCAAAUUCAACAGCACUGGUCUAGCGCUCCUUCCAUCUCAGCAGCAGCUGUUCAACAACCAAUCUCAACAACCACGACUUCUGCUGCCGAAUCCACUGUCCUACCAGCAGAAACAACUGGGGCCGCGUCAGCCCUUGGAGCAUCUGGUCCUUCGGUUGUCACUCAACCAUUGAGCGAGGCAUCAGCAUCGGCUACAGCACCUCCCACUAUCACUAAUGCGACACCAUCUGGUCAUUUUGCAGGUGUACCACCAUCGGUAGACCCUCAAAGUUCUCGAGAAUUACGGUCGCCAAGUGGUAACAGGAGUGUUAGUCAACACCUGCCCCAGCGCAUUUCUCUUAACUCACAUGCAUCUGGGGCUACACCAAGCUUGUCUGCCAUCCAGACUUCGUGGUUAAACCAAGAAAAAACAUCGCCUGACCCAGAGAGUGAAGGUGGUAGUCGUCAACAGUUCAAUCCCAUGGACAAACCGCUUCCUACACUCCCUGUGCCAGGUCAAUCUGUAUCACAGCAAGCGUUCACUCAGGACCCAGCCAUGAAUAAUGAAGAUCAGACAAGGAAGUUGAGUGUUAAAAGAAAGCCGGUGGGUUCUGGCGAGUCAAAACCUAACUCUCCUCUCAUGCAAAAUGAGCAACAGCAACUUGUUGACAGUAUUCAUGAUUUGGUAGGGGCAUCCGAUUCUAAGCCUGACCAGCAACAAAUGAUUCGACGUCAAAGAUCACGUACACUGGAUGAUUCUAGUAGUGGGGGCAGUUUUGCCGAGUUCUAUCAACGCAACAAUUACAAUGGUGGUGCAGAUCGUUAUUAUGAAGACUACGAUCGGUUUGCUGGUCCAGGCGAAAGAGGUUUGUACCAGACAGAUGCAGUUGGUCCUGGAGGAAGACUCAUGUCACCGUUUCCUAUUGAUAGAGCUGCUGGAAACGGUCCGGGUGGACAUGGGCCUGGGAUGCGAGAAGCACAGGGUCAUCUUGGAGACAGAAAUGGAAGCAUUGACAGUGCAGAUUCGGGAGGAAGUGGUCGUAGUUAUCCGAGUGGAACUCAUAGUGGACCUGGUAUGGGUAGAAUACCGAUGCGGGGAAGACAUGGCGGUGCUAAUGUGUCUGGUGACUAUGGUUAUAAUCGUUAUGGCCCUUCAGGAUACGAUGAGCACCGUAGCUCGUAUGAGCUCCCACCUCCUACCAACAGAUUUAGGAGUAACCUUCGCGACAGUUCGUCAAGCAGUGGUUUUAUGAUGGAAAGGCCAUACUCACCUGCUCCAUCGUCCUCUGCUAGUCAACCUCCCCAUCCUCCUCAGCCUCCGCAUUUGAGACAAGGUGGUGCUGGUGGAUUUGGAAAUAUCCACAAUCAUCCAGGAGAUAUUAGAAGUGCAAAGAAGAGAGCGGAUCUGCGACACAAUUUGGACUCUUUCGAAUCGCCAUUCUUUGGUCGUGAGAAUAGAGGUGCUGGUUUGCCGGGCCAUCCUCCUCUCAGUGGAUUUACAGGUCAUGGUCCCCCUCCUGGUAUGUCGUCUGGCCCUCCACCUGGCAAUCGUCUUCCUAUUGGUUAUAGCAAUCAUAAUGGUGUUCCAAAGGCUAGUUGGCAACAACAGGAAAGAGAGAGGGCGCGAGCCUUUGGUCGGCCGCCUCCAGAAAGAGGAUUCAGUCGACCACCACAGGGCCGUGCCAAUGAGUUCAAUCGCCCACCACCACCUCCUUCAAACCAGCCACCACCUCAUCCAUAUAAUGAUAUGUUGGCUGAUCCUCCAGUUAUGGGGCCAACUCAAUCUUCGAGAUCAGAGAAUUUGCCGCCUGGUCCGCCUGGUCCGCCUUCAUCAUCUUCUCCAGGAUCAGGACAUAGAAUGGGACCACAAGAUGGUCCGGGAUACAGUUCAGGAUUUGGUCAUCCUGUGAGACCCCUUUCAGAUGGGUCUCAUAACUCAUCUCGUACGCCAUCGCUUGCAUCCCGCCCAUCAAGUGGUGAUAGAUUGCAGUCUGGUUCAGCUGGUUCCAAUCAUGUAAAUAGCCAUAUUGAGAAUCCUGACCACAUAAAUAGUCAGGUAGUCACACAUUCUUCGAGUCAUGCUAGCGCGGGAGGACCACCCAAGAUCGGGUUGCUGCAGUUUGAGAAAGAGUUUGGUCCCCGUACAAGUUCGACAGAAGAGUUGAAGCUUGCACCUAUUCCUGCCCCAGGACCAACACCUGGUCAUUCUGGGCAUAAUUCUGAGAGUUCAUCAUUUCUAGCUGAUACUAGAGGUCUUGGAGACACUGGUGACAGCGGAUUGGGUGAUUUGGGUGGACUAUUGGCAAGAGUAGGAGAGACUAAUUCAGAAAUCAGUACCAGCUCGAAUUCAUCUGCAGCUCAAUGGUUAGAGGUUAAGGAAAAUUUACGAGGAAUGCGUGAAUCGUUUGCUCAGAGUAACCCGGGUGCAGUUCCACCAAUUAUUCAUGACGAACCAUACCUUGCCGAGAGAGGUAAAUCGGCUCAAUCUUUACUGAGUGGUCUUGCAUCACCUGAUGAUUAUUUUGAUGCUGUACUCUCUACUGUUCGCCGACCAUCUGUUCAUACUGGUGACCAUGUAAAGGCAGUGACUGUCAAGGCGGAAGAAGGUGAACCUUCGCUAGCCUCUGAGUAUGGGUCGCAUGGUUCAACGCCUGCUCCUAGUACAGGACAAGAUGAUCAUACCUAUAAUACAAGCCGCCUUGCUUACGAAGAACAGUACCCUGGUAGUAGCAAAGAUAGAACGUCCGUCCAUGGCGCCCCAUACAAGUCAGCAGGGCUUUCAUCACCUCCUUCGUCAUUGCCAAAACCAAGGAGUCGCCCUGUUAGCGCCAAUUUCGAUAAUAGUAAGAGAGGGUCUUUGCCGACUAAUUUCGACCCUCAUAAUGAGCACAGUAUAUUGCGUGCUACACGGGCGGGUCUGCUAGACAGCAGUCGAAUGGCAUCUAAUGAAGAUUUGAAAACUGCUUUUUCAAAUAACACGUUUAACCCGUCUCCUACCAAACCUGCCAACAAUAGAAAUGAUUCAGAGGAGAAAAUCAGCAAAUAUAGUAUUGCUGGCAUCAUCAGUGCGGCGAAGCGCCGUUCACAACAAUAA